GCCAUCGCGCUGAAAAUGUCGGCUUCAGAUAUCAUGUUUUAUACGGGUGUCUCGAAGACCGUGUUUCUAAGUCUCGCAGAGGCCGUCUGUAAAAUGACCACCACCAACUCUCAGUUGUCCGCAGAAGACCAGCUUCUGAUAACACUCAUGAGAUUGCGCCUAGGCCUCCUUUAUGGGGACCUACCUAGGAGGUUUGAGACCUCGGUCACUAGAAUUUGUGACAUUGUGAAAAAAAUGCUUCGGAUCCUUAAGAAGAUCAUGAGCUAUGUUGUUUUCUGGCUGCCAUGGUCACGCAUAGAAAACAGUAUGCCUGCCUCUUUUGUUGAAGGCGGUUACGGCAGGACUACCUGCAUCUUUGAUUGUACGGAAGUCAUUCUGCAGAGGCCUAAGAAGCUCAUGGCUCGAGCACAGACAUUCAGCUCCUACAAGGCAAACAACACGGUCAAAUUUCUUACAGUUAUCGCCCCCAAUGGCUUCAUUAUGUAUGUGUCAGAUGUGUAUGGUGGGAGGGCUUCCGAUAAAUACAUUGUGCGGCACUGCGGGGUCGAGGACCACUUCCAGCGUGGCGAUGAGAUUAUGGCUGAUCGUGGGUUUACUUUGGAUGCCCACCUGGAGCUUCAAGGGGUGAAGUUGAACAUGCCGGCGUUUACAAAGGGUAAGACGAUUGCAUGGCAUGAACCCUAA